ACUUGCUGCACUUGCGAUGAAGCAACUUGAGAGCAGUUUGGCAGUGCGAUUGCUGUUCCACGCGGUGGUCAGUGGACAACUGGGCUACGCCGUGUACUACGACUACAAUUAUGCCCAGUUGCCAUGGCUGGCGAUAGCGUUGCGUCUGGUGCCGCCAAUCGGUGGCAAGUUCAACUAUCUGACAUUUCUCACGGCUGCGUUGCAUACUUUCUACUAUCUGCUGGCCCUGAUCAGCGAUCUGUGUCCUGUGCAAGGACUGCGACAGCUGCGCGACUUCUUGCUGGCAACUUUUGUGGUACCAUUGGCAUUGACAGUGAGCGUAACCUUCUGGCUGCUGGUGGCUACCAAUUGCGAGGCAAUCUAUCCGCCAUUUCUGAAUGAGAUGUAUCCCUGGUGGCUGACUCUAACACUGCACGCACUCAUCGUCUGCUACGCUGCCCUGGAAAUCCACCUAGAGCCACAUUGUUAUCCACAGCGCUGGAAAGGAUUCAGCGCACUUGCUGCUGGCUUGGUCAGCUAUUUGGUGUGGAUGCAUUUGGUUUACUUCUGGACUGGAGUUUGGAUCUAUCCAUUUCUAGGCGGAUUCUUUGAGCCGUUCCGUUGGUUUUUCUUUGGCCUGAUCGUGAGCUCGGCCUUUGUCUAUUAUUGGCUGGGCGAGCGACUCAACUGUAUGCUUUGGGCGCAAUGCGAAUGGCGUAAUAAAGCAAUUUCCGGGCCACACUUUGUUGGAUGAAAAUGCAGUUCGAUAUGUGUGUGUGUGUUUCCCUUUGGCCGGGCGAGCAAUAAAAUUUAUUUCAA